GUCGCGUGCUGCUCGUCAUCGGCAUAGUGCAUGCAGCCCGAUCACGCGGCGAACCUCGGCAUUGACCGUACGAUCCCAGCCAUCAACCAGCAGCCUGCGGUCUUCAUCCCUACUUACAUGGUCGUGAACCCUUACUGCCAUGGCUGCCGCAACGGAGACCUUGACCUACCAGGAUGCGCUCGACAGCCAAUAUCUGUCCUCGUCACUCUCCAGCCUCUCCCGCUCCCGGUCCACCAAUUCGCUCAUCGUCCGGACAUAUAAGGAAGCUACACAGCUGUAUCUCACCAAGCGCUUUAAGGAGGCAUUAGAAACGCUCGAACUGAUCAUUAGCAUCCCAUCACUCUCGCAUCGUAGUGGCGACGGCAAUGGCGAAGCACAGCAGAACGGGCAAGCAGCUGCGCCUGUAGCGCAAAGCUCUAAGGGCACGAGGACGAAAGUGUGGGUCUUCUAUCUGAGUUUGCUACACGCGAUCAUUGAGCUGGGUCCGGAAGAGGGCAAGCUCACUUUCGGCUCGACGAGAUGGCGUGAGCUUGCGAACAAAGCUAGGGAAGGCAGUGUUUGGGAGGAGAUUGUGCAAGCUGGUUAUGGUGGUGUGGAGGGUGAGGUAGACGCAGACGUCGUCCUCAACUUGGCAACACUGCUACUUGGACACAUGGCGACGCAGAAGCUGAACCAGCAGCGUUUGGAGUCAUGGCUCGCUACCUGCGACGCCGUUGGCCCCGGAUCGCACGUCAGUUUCGCAGAUGGGACGAAGAGUCCCGUACCCAACGGUGCUUCCUCGACACCCAAAGGCCUUGCUACCAGGCUAAAGCUCUUGGAGCUGUAUGCGCUACAUGUCCUGCCUGCAAACGGCGAGUGGAGCUAUGCGAAGGAGUUUAUUGAGAUGAGUGACUCGCUUGACGAUGAGCGGAGGGAGGCAUUCUUAACCGCCCUGCAGAGCCUGAGAGAAGAGAAAGACGGAACAGCGCAAAGAGAGCGUGAUUUGUCCGAGCAGCGCGAGCGGGAAAUGGAAGAACAGAGACAAGAGGAGGAUGCGCGAAAGGCGGAGGAGGCUCGCCAGCAAGAAGAGAAGCGGAAGGCUCAGGAAAGCGAGCGGACUAAAGCGACACUCACAGACAACGAGAAGUCGAAGGCAAACUCGGCAACAAGCAGCACGACCGCAAAGCCAACAGCGAACGGCCAGCACACCAAGUCCGCCUCUCGGGCUGCCGCAAAAGCGCCGAGGAAGGCGCCGUCACCGCCACCAGGCCUUUACCGCCGAGCGUCUUCAGCUCUAAACAGCUUGCAGCAGAUGGUGCUGCAGGCGAGUCGAAGCAUGACCGGUAGCUCAUUCGCUUUAUUCCGCACGCUGAUGUUUAUGGCGGCCUUCAUCAUCCUAAUCUCUCGGCGCGACUUGCGAUUGAGGGUCCAGCGAGCGUUGGAGCAAGGUUGGGUGAAGGUUAAGAAGACGGCGGGCAUGGCCGUUAAAGUGUCUUAUAUCUGAAUUGUAUACACCGAUACCAUCUGUCCGGGUUAGGGUCACAACGAUUGCUAUCCGAAUGACUUCCAUCCCCUCUCCUUCCAGAAAGCUUCCCGAGCGUUAC